AGCAUAAGAAAGCAUUGAACUUCACAGUUACUACAUUAAGAAUCAAUUCUGACCUAUUUAGAAUUAAACACAAAACCCAACUUGCAAAGCUAAAAGAAGGGGAGAAUUCACCUUUGUAGCAAACACCACCGAAAUUAUGAGCGGGGGAUUCCAUGACCAGUUCUAUGAUCUUCUGCUGCAGUGCUCUAAUGGGAAACAACAAUGUACCGCGACAGCCGCGGCGGCAUUGGUGGUGGCGUUUGCGGCUGAAGAAUGACCUGAUGAGGUUGAUGAUGGUUGUUAGUAUUCAUGCCUGCCUGCAGUUCGACUCUUUCGCAUCUAGCCUUCCUCUUCGUCCUUCUUGCCUUGCGACGAAAUCCUUGUGGCCAAUUUCCAUGCUCCACAGAAAACAAAGGACAUAACGCAAGAAAGCUAACCUGAGGCUCUCUGUUUCGAGUUCCCUGGCCUACUUUGUGAUCCCCAGCACCGUCAAUGCCCGCUUAUCCUUAGGUGGCCACCCUUCUUCUUUGUAGAUAACUAAAACAAAAAUAGAGGAGAAUUAGACGAUGCAAUUGCUUACUAUAAUAGAUCAAAAUUGAAAAGGAACUCCUCUGUGUUGUAUUGUGAUUCUCAAUUUCUCAUCACCUCUAAAUAAAAACUAUCGCCACCCAUCAAUUGAUCAUGAUCGACUUCAGCUACCAAGCUUCGCACCACAGGUUCCUUCAACCACACAAACACCAAAUGAGGAAAAGAGACAACAAACUCAUUAAAAGACAAAAUAAGCCCAAUCUUGAGAGUGGAAAAGGAACUAAACAUGAAUCACCUUAAAGAGAAAGCGACGGUUCCCCAUCAAAACAAUCCUUUGUUUCUCACGAUCACCGCUACCCGGAAGCUACUACAACAUCAACCCAAAGCUACAAAGUACAACAAUCAAAGCAAAAUCAUCAAAAUCGAAGAGCGAACCGCUCACAUCGAAAUAGGCUGAGAACUGAUGAUGCCAAGACUGUUCAAGUUUACCUUCCCUCAACCCCACUUCCAAGGAACCGAUUGCAAAGGGGAGUACAUGCAAACAACGACCACAAAAGAGAAGAAAAGGUUAGAUUGAAAGCCGAAGACAGAGGGAGAAAUCAGAGCAUAAAAGAGAGACAAACCUACAAAGAAACUUCAAGGGCUCGAUCAUGCAAACGUUUGUCGGGAUUCUUGCAAUACAUCAUCGCCGAGAUGCGGGGCUCCGCUGUCUAGUCGCACCCACAGACUUGUGAGAAGGAGAUGGAGAGAAGAUGUCUUAUUCUAUCUGCGAUCAAAGAAAUCCCUAGAGAGAAUGAAUCCCAGACUCACCAAAAACCACAAGAGAACUAUAAAGAGAGCAGAAAGAAGAUCACCUAUAACAUUUUAGUUUCAGGGAAACUGCAAUCAGUGUUCUUUUCCUGGGGAGAAAAGGAAUCAUGCGCAUCGGCUGGUGCUUUGCGAACCCCAUCCCGUCAAUGGCCUGCAAGACUCUAAUUUCCUCAGCCAAACUCAAAGGGGAGAAUGCUCAGCGGUUCUUCGAUUGCACCGGCAGAGCUGAGAGGAGAGAUCGAGAGAUAAUCAUAGCGACAGGGGCGCCACUUUAGUUCUUCGGUGAGAGGCGGUUCAGAGGAUAUCUGGAAGUGAGAUAGAGGAGCGAGAGGGAGAUUUGGGAAUUGGGAAGAAGGGAGACCAAGGAAGAAAGGGAAAAGGUAAAGGAAGAGUGGUUUCUGAUCUCCCCUCCCGACGAAUUGAUAGAAAAAAGCUUCCUUUUGCUCCCUGACACCUCGAGACGCACACCCUUUUUUUCCCUAACAGGGUCGAGUCACUAUCAGAAGAAAAAGAAGGUCUGCAGAGCUCAGUCACUUCAGUACUUUCCCCAAAACCCUCCAGGCUCCAGCCUCUCUAAGCCUCUCUCUGCAUCGAACAACGCGAGCCCAUCCCUCUCAAUAUCUCUCUGUGUAUCUGAAGAAUCCUUUUCUGUCUCUCGAACGACUCAAAAUCUCCACUGAGCAGAACACCCAGAGCAACUGAUUAAGCCUCGACCGGCGCACCCUCUAGGGGCAAAGUCACAUACCGAUCUCUGAUGACCAACGCGCGUCCGGGCCACCAAACGACCCCAACUAAGGCCAACCAGAAGCUAACGACCAGUCCCACCCCGACCGAGCCCCCAAACUCCGUCAAAUCCCAAUGAGGCCUCACCCAACAACAGCCCACACGCCAGCCCACGCCAGUUUGAAACAGUAAUUCUCAGUCACUGAUGACUCGGUAUUUGCACAUGUUUUCCCCUUUGUUUCUUGAUUGUUUGAGCUUGAAUUAUCGUGUCUUUGGCCUAUUUUACGCUAGGUUGUGUUCCUUUGUCACAUUUCAGGUCCUAGCACAUAAAGUGAAGCAUAGGCG